AUGUUACCACACGUUUGUACUACUCAUCAGUGCCUGGAAUCGCUAUCCAAACCUGUAUUUCCUAAUAGUUAUAUUGAUCACCGAUACGAUGGUGUCGAUCGGGUUAACCUAUAUUUCAACGAAUUGAACAAUAGGUACGACCAUAUYCUGMGGCCAUCAACUGAGAGACGUAUAGCCGACUUUCGUAAACGUCAGGACAGGGCUAUGAAUAAUCUGAACGAUUCGCGGCUCCGGUACUAUCAGAACAGGAAUAUUGAACGCAGGGGUGAACUGAUUGAUGGYYUACAAAGGCAUACCAUUGCCCAUCAUAGGAAUCGUAUCUAA